GAGUCCUCGUUCUCUUGCUUACAAUUAAUACUUGCUAGUUUUUAAAUAAACUUGCACAUUUCAACAGCGGCCUAAGCACAGCACGGUCAGAAAUAUUUGUUUUGUGUAAAGCUUAGUGGAAAAUUUAUAUUUUUUUUCUCCUCAAGUGUUAUAAGGCAAUAGUAGUUUUGGUGUUAGCCCCGUAAUAAAGUUAAAUAAUAUUUUAUUUGUUAUCAUCAUCUAUAUAUGAUUUUGGUUUAAAGAAGCAGCAGCAGUGUAAGAAGAAGUGUAUAGGCUAAGCAAAAAGGAGAAAGAGAAAAAAAAUACAUUUGUUUUUUUAAUGAUUUCGAUUCGAAUAGGAGAAAUACAAAAAAAAUUUAUAUACUCAGUUAAGAGGCAUAUGUUCGAGAGUUAACACAUGCCGUUUAUAAUUAAGAAGUUAUCAAGGCGAGUUACACUCUUCGCUGCAGUUUUAUUAUGUACACUUUGUUUUCUUGCAUUUAUUAAUCGUCUAAUAUUACUCGACUAUGGUGAGUUAGUGAAUCAACACACAAAAAAACAUCAUUUUAAUUCUACUUGGGGGUCCUCGGUUUAAAAAAAUAUUUAUAAAAUUAUAAAUAAAUUCUCAAAUUUCUUUGCUACCAGAAAUUGUGGUUUCGAAAAAAUCUUUUGUGAAAUAAAAAUGGGUUUUUGAGCCGAAGACCCCCCACGAGUGUCUGAUAAAGUGAACAUUUAAAUGAACAGAGUUAAUAGAGACUCAAUUAACGAAUCACAUACAAUCAUCGUGAGCAUUUAAAUGAUCAAUAUAUAGUCAGUUUAUUCUAUUUACAAGCGACGAUGACGCAACAUUUGCAAAAUACCGACUCAAAAAAUGACUCGAAGAUGAUACAGAAAUUGAUCGAAAGAAUAAAUGACGAGCAGAUCAUCUUCAAUGACUUGAAAUAUGAAGCAUUGCAGAAUGACUCAAUUGUGAUUGUAGUGCAAGUGCAUAAGCGAAUAACUUAUUUGAGGCAUUUAAUUCAGAGCUUAUCACAGGCUAAAGAUAUCUCAAAGACAUUAAUUAUUUUCUCACAUGAUUUUUAUGAUGAAGAAAUCAACAAAUUGGUUCAAAAUAUUGACUUUUGUAAAGUCAUGCAGAUCUUCUAUCCAUACUCAAUACAAACUCAUCCACAUCAAUUUCCCGGCACUGAUCCUCAAGACUGUGAUCGUGACAUUUCUAAAAGUGAUGCAAUCAAAAUAAAGUGUAAAAAUGCACACUUUCCUGAUCUCUAUGGACAUUAUCGAGAGGCAAAAUACACACAGAUGAAAAAUCAUUGGUGGUGGAAGCUAAAUAGAAUAUUUGAUGAACUUAAUGUGACGAGAAGUCUUAGUGAUAUGCAACUUCUGUUACUCGAAGAAGACUACAUGAUAGCACCAGAUUUUUUACAUAUUUUAAGUCAGAUGCAAUCAUUAUCAAAGAGGAAAUGCUCAUAUUGUAAUAUUUUAUCGCUAGGUACUUAUAUAGAGAGUACAAACUAUGAUAGUUAUAAUAAGGUAGAAAUAUCUCCAUGGCUGACAAGUAAGCACAAUAUGGGAAUGUCAUUAAAUCGUACAACAUGGAACGAUAUCAAAAGCUGUGCUAAAUAUUUUUGUUCAUAUGAUGAAUAUAAUUAUGAUUGGAGUCUACAAAAUGUAAAUUAUAACUGCCUUACCAAUAAGCUGUUUGCAAUGAUUAUCAAAAGUCCCCGAGUAUUUCAUAUUGGUGAAUGUGGAAUGCAUCAUAAUUCAGAAAACUGUGAUCCGAGUCAAGCCAUAAACAGAAUACAAUUUGUGAUUGAGAAUGCAAUGCUGUCGAAGAAAUUUUAUCCAAAGAGAUUGAAAGUUACCAAAAUGUAUGAUGAGUAUGAGUCGAAGGAUAACUUAAAGCCAAAUGGUGGCUUUGCUGAUUUACGUGAUCAAGUUCUGUGCCUUAAUAUGACAACAUUUUAUACAUUUUAAGUCGGUUCUGUGUCAAUAUUAAUUUAUAUAUUUUUACAAUAUAAUAUUUAUCUCAUUUAUACGGCCAAAGUAACAAUUUUAGAGAGA